AUGUCCUUCCCUGAUCCCGAAGCCGAGGAACAAACGCUCCACACUUUCUUUGGCGAGCACAUCCCCGGAGGAGAGACAUCCAAGCUACGCCCCGCUUGCACCUUUGUGCAGCAGUUUAUCGCACAGGAGCUGUGUGGAACGAUCGCCAACGAUCCGACUUUCGAUGAGCUGUGGAUGCACUUCCAGGCGAUUUUGGGCGGGAUUUUCGGGAAGCAGGAUGCGACGAAAGGCCCCGAGAGCGGCGUCACUUCUCGUAUCUGCGGGAGCACGACUUUCGAAAACAGCUGGAUGUUCGCCACCACCUCAUUCUACAGCGUUUCGGGCCUGUCCGACGCCCUGAAACCAACGCGCGCUGGAGGGUCGAGUAGCAGGAACAGCAACAGCAGGAGGAGGAAUAGGCCGGGCGAUCCGAGAUUGUGCGGCAUGGAACCCAUGGCGGUUUCGCUGCUGUCGCUCCUGCUGGCUCGCCCCCCGGAGUCGUCUCCUCCUGACACCAAGAAUCUCUUCAGCGUGCUUCUAGAGCCGCAGAAAGUGUGGUACUCCUUCACGUGUACGAGCCCACCCAUGCCGCCGCACACUCUGGCCUUUCUGAGGCACGAGGGUUUGCCUGGGCUGGUCUUGUUCGAAAACUCUCGGCUCUACACGCACUGCCUUUCGAGCCCACCUAGCUUGUUCCCGCAGGGGCGGAUGCCUCAUCACGCCGUGAGGUUUCAGGAGGUUCCAGGAGGCGACCUUGUGGGGGGAGGGGCAGCUGCCGAGGUCGUGAGGGCGGCGCCCGACCUGAAACUGUCUGCUCUAGAACUGUACCUGUUUUCCUUCGCCUGGUACGCCCUCUCCUCUUACGAAGACUUCUACCACGGUCUCGAGGGGCCCGGGCGACUAUCCGUGCCCCACCGGACUCACCACUCCAUGGAGCCCGCGUUUCGGCAGGAGAGAGUGGCUCUGGGAUGGCGCAGGCAUGGAGUGAUCGGGCUGACUCAUCUGAAUCCCUACAUGACUCUCCUCAAGGACUAUUUGGAGGCGUUCUUCCCUCACUGUGGCGGUGCCAGCAUUGGCGGGGGGGGCGGGGGGGGCGGCGGGACCGGAAUGAGCCUACAGGGCGAGCUUUUCCUCCGGGUGCUGGUGGAGUUCUGGCUGGAGGGCAACACGGUUCUUCGACCGGGCGUGCUGAAAGAGCAAGAAGAACACCACCACCUCCAACAGCAACAAGCCUGGGGCAACAGCAACAACUUGCAUUUUCCAGCGCCACGCACAACGAGCAACUACGACCCGUCCGUCGCGCUGCUGCAUAGCGAGUACACCCCGCCUACCGAUAUGUCGGUCCACGGACUCUUGAUAACGUCUGCGCACCUCCUGGCGGACCCCAAGCUGAAGGAGGCCUGUCGCCGCAAUCUCGACCUUACGGGAGGGACGCCUGCGGCAUCGGCGCUGGCAAGAACAGGGGAGACCUUCAGCGAGAGAGAGAGGUCAGCCCUAACCCCUGCGCUGGAGGUGCUUCGACCGCACGUCUUCGGGUUCCUGAGGGUGGCGUUUUCGGCGGACAACACGAUGCACUUGAGCUCGGCAGGCUUUUCGCUGGCGGUGGAGCUCUGGAUGCUUUGGAUGAGGCCCUGGGCCGCGGCGUCGAUCUUGAGAGGUCAUUCUCCCGAUUCAUUGAACACCAGCGAUUUACCCAGCUCGGCUUCUGCACAAAGUGGACGAGCUUCUCCUUCCUGCGCCGGUAGCGCGAGAGGGAGUUCCGAUCAAGGUGGCGGCUUGGCGCCUUGGGUAUCCGUCGUGGUGGCUGUGGUCAAGGACUUUGUGCAAAUCGAGCCCUCUCGAGCGAACAGCGGAGGGGGCAGGCAGACCGGGACGUCGGGGGGGGAGAGUGGUGCCUCCGCUGCGGGCGCGCGUGGGAGGGAGGUUGGUGGGUACUCGUACGACCCCUGGGGUGUCUGGGUGCUGGAGAACUACAGCCUGUAUACGACGGUUUUGGCGGCCUUCGUCCGCAAGGUCGGCAGCAUGUCGUUUAAGGUGAACGACGGGCCGGGGCACCGCGGUUAUCACCACCACGGGGGUGGCGCCAACGGUCAAGGCAACCCUCAAGCGCAGAUGGCAGCCAUGUUUGCGGACACACGCGGGGCCAAUCUCAGGCUGUUGCACCGCGUCGUGGACGUCUUUAGCCCGGCUGUCGCUUCCCUACUCGCUUCGGCCCAGGUGGCAGUGGGGAGGAAGGCCGUGUCUGCGAUACAGGUGGGCGUGGGCGUGCCGCGAAAUAUGGCCAUACGCUCAGAAACCAGUGGCAAUAGUGGUAGCUCCCUCCUUCUUAGGGGGCCCCGCGGAUUGGAGGGUGAUGAUCGACAAUGGAAUCAGGCUAUAGACCUGGCGAGACCGGCGCUUGUCAACGAAAAACAUGCGUGCACUUUUCAGGGGCCGAACUUGGUGACGCUCGAGAAGUACCAGGAGGUGGCAGAAGAGCUCCUCAUCAACAUCGCGCACCUGGCCAAUCCCAGAGUGUCGAAGCACUGGUUCGUUAGAGUGGAGAGAUGGUUGUAAUCACUGUGUAACUGCCUCGAGGGUGCUUGACCAUUUGAACACAUGUGGUGCGAUCAUCCCCCUUGCGCGGAGUGAGCGUUCUCGACCCCGCACAACAUGAUCUACUCGACCACCAUUAUGGUACCCGCCAAAAAAGAAACGGAGGUCAAAAAAGCAAAAAACGGUCACCUGGUUGCCGAGUUCACGAAGUGACUUGGCUUGUUUUACAACGUCGUUGCUAAGCGACGAAAACCCAAUCCCGAUGGCAAACACCUGUCUCUUAUACACAUCUNCUUUGUUGUCAAAUGCGUACAAUACGUCGUUAUUUUUGGAACACCGCGCAAGCUUAUACUCGAUUCCCCCGUUUUUACGAACGCUAAGCACCACGCAUGGGGUUUUUACUGCCCUCGACUAGCAUUCAUUACUCUCUGAUCCCAUGCCGACGAUCGUCCCCUGGAUGUGGUGUGUUUGCUUCUUUUGUUGUUCUGCUUUUCUGUGCACUCAGUUCA